AAAAACUGGUCGCUUUCAUUGAAAUUUUGACGUUUUAUUCUUUAAUCGCAGUCCGUCAUCUGUAGUUCCUACACCAUCACCGUCAGUGUUGCAGUUUGCAACACUUUGGGCCAUAAGUCAACAAUUUGCACUCGCCGUCCGCCGCAGUUCGAUCUUGACAGUCGCGAUUGCUCAAUCGUGCGCGCUUAAAGUUAAACGUAAACGGUUCAACUGCGACAGCAAAUCAUCACUGUGGCCGACUGCCUGCAGGAACUCUCGCAGCUUCCUCGUUUGCUCAUUUGUAGAAGAGACCGCAAUGUGGCUACUCAUACCGAUCCUCUUCUACUCGGUGAUCUUCCUCUACAUACGGCACAUAUACACGUACUGGAAACGUAAGGGCUUCCCAACCGAACGCACCGGUUUGAGUUGGCGAUUUUUGAAACAAGUUUAUCGGCGCGAAUUCCACUAUGUGAGCGCCAUCAACGAAGCAUACAAGGCUGGCGGGGAACGGCCCUUAUAUGGAGUGUACUUUUUCUUUCGGCCAACAUUGCUGGUGCGCGACGUUGCCUUGGCGCGCACCAUCCUCGAGAUACCACAUGGCCAUUUCGACGACAAGCGUUGGCACUACAUGCAGGGUUAUCGCAAGAUUAAUUUGCUCGAAAAAUUGGCAUCGAUCUUCAGUGUGCAGCGGGUGGAGGGCAUGUUUCGAAAUGUCGAAAAGGUCGCCGAUCAUAUGGUGAAGCAAAUGGAUGCGAUAACGGUGGGCAGUGAGCAAUUGGAUAUGCAGAUAGUCCUACGCACCUAUGUCAUCAAUGUUUUCGCUAACCUGCUGUACGGACUAGACACCAACUUAUUCGAGCCGAACGAUAGUGUCUUCAAGCGGUACAUACAAAGCACGUUACGAAAUCGCGGCAUCAACUCAUACACGUUCAAUCAUUUGCCGAAAAAAUCGUCGCUCACCUAUCGGUUGCGUGACAUUAUCAGGGACAGCGUGGGACGGCGCGAAGAUGGCGGCAUAAUACGCAAGGACAUCAUGCAGUUAUUGGUGAAAUUCCGAAAUGGCAAUAAUUUAACGAAUAAUAGUAAAUUGAAUUGGCACGUGGAGAAUGUAUUUGAGCGCGAGAAACUACUCUCCAUUAAGAAGUUGUCGAAAAUCGCCGAACGCUUUCUCAAUAUCGGCUACGAGUCCACUGCCUCGGCGGCUACACUAACGCUUUAUGAGAUUUUGCAAUCGCCGAGCAUACACAAGAAUGUGCUCGAGGAAAUACGCCAAAUGAGUGUAGCAAAAAAGAAUGCAGAUAAUACAGAUAAUAGAUUGACCUAUGCGGAUAUUGAUAGCCUCCAAUAUUUGAGCGCCUGCAUUAAAGAAACCGUGCGCAAGUAUCCGAGCGUGCCUUACAUAGAGCGAGUAUGCUGCAAGAACUUCCCCAUACCCAACAGUCGCGCUACAAUCAAUGAGGGCCGCACCGUUAUGGUGCCUGUGAUGGCAAUGCAGCGCGAUGAACGGAACUUCAAGGACCCCGAUUACUAUAGACCCGAGCGUUUUUACAAUGUUACGAGCGGACCAGAGCUGGAUAAUUUUAUAGGCUUCGGUUUGGGUGCGAGUGUUUGCGUGGCGCGUAAUUUCGCCAGCUUGGUUAUUAAAUUAGCACUUGUAAAGCUGCUUCUGAACCUCGAUAUGGAAUACACUCCGAAAAAGGACGUACAAAUACUACACAAUCCAGCGCCAGUCAUCAAAAGCAAAGAUGGCUUUAAAAUCAGACUGAAGAAGUACAUGAACAACACACUUUUAUAAAUAUUACACCAACAAAUCAAACGCCAGAACCUUUUAGAAUUUCGUGCAUCUACUUCAGUGUAAUUAUAAGAUAUGUUUAUGUGUGUGUGAGUAUACGAAUAAAUGUAAAUAUAUAUUAUAAUGAA